UACAUUAACAAAAUUUUGUAGUCUAGCAACUAUUUCUUCUUCUAUAAAUAGCGAGAGCAAAUCUAGAACAUCGAUCAUCAUUCAUUCGCAGCCGAAAAAAAACAAAGAAAAAAAAACAUUUUAGAGAGAGAAAAUGGAGAGAGAAACUACGGUGCUAAUCGUCGGUGCAGGGCCCGCGGGCCUAGCAACUUCCGCAUGUCUAAACCUAAAAAACAUACCAAACAUUGUCUUAGAGAGAGAAGAUUGUUGUGCUUCUCUUUGGAAGAAAAGAGCUUAUGAUAGAUUGAAACUUCAUCUUGCCAAACAAUUUUGUGAAUUACCCAAUAUGCCCUUCCCUUCCAAUGCACCCACAUACAUCCCGAGAAAGGACUUCAUCCGGUACUUGGAUGAUUAUGUUUCGUAUUUCAACGUAAGCCCUUUCUACGAACGUACCGUGGAAUCCGCCUCGUUCGAUCACACCCGUCGAAAUUGGGUUGUGAUGGCGAAAAACGAGGUUUUGGACACGAUGGAGAAGUACGUGGCCAAGUUUUUGGUUGUGGCCACGGGGGAGAAUAGUGAGGGGUACAUACCUCAAAAUAUCCCGGGUUUGGAUUCGUUUAACGGUGAAGUGAUGCAUUCUAGUAAAUACGAAAAUGGAAAGAAAUUUGAGAAAAAGAAAGUGUUGGUUGUUGGAAGUGGGAAUUCCGGUAUGGAAAUAGCGUUCGAUUUGUCCAAUUGGGGUGCUCGAACUUCUGUAGUUGUUCGUAGCCCGGUUCAUAUUCUUAGUGAGGAGCUGGUGAAACUUGGAAUGGUGUUAUUGAAGCAUCUAAAUGUAGAUUUAGUGGACAAAAUUGUGCUACUAUUGAGCAAAUUGAAAUUUGGGAAUCUUUCUCAAUAUGGUAUCCAAACGCCAAACAAAGGACCCUUUUAUCUCAAAAGAGCAACUGGAAGAUCUCCGGUUAUCGACGUCGGCACCAUUGCCAAAAUCCGAGCACGAGAAAUCGAUGUUUUGCCCUCAAUCAAGAAUGUGCAUGGAGAUAAUAUUAGCUUCACGAACGGUGAAACGGAAAGUUACGAUGCCAUUGUUUUUGCGACCGGCUACAAGAGCACUGUCGGAAAAUGGCUCAAGGAUGAUGGAGGGUUUUUUGGGGAAAAUGGAAUGCCGAAGAAGAGAAACCCGAAUCAUUGGAAAGGAGAAAACGGUCUUUAUUGUGCUGGAUUUGCGAGGGCUGGAUUGUUUGGGAUUUCGAACGAUGCCAAAGCUAUAUCGCAAGAUAUAAUUGCGCGCUUUAAGUCAUCGUAA